GCUCCUCCCAUUGGCUGCGGCCGCAGCCUCAGUCCCAAACGUGCUGCGAUUGGCUCCGAGAUCUGGGGGCGGGAUUUGCAGACGGGGCCAAUGCCGGCUCGUCAUUGGCUGGCUCUGUCCUUGCCCUGGAAGCGAGUCCCGGCUGAGUCCACGUGGUUUGUGCUCGGGAGGCCGGUGAUGCUGGGGUAACCAUGGCGACCCUCUUCAGUAACGAUGGGGCCGAGGUGGUCCAGAGGGCCCUGCCUGCCAAGGAGUCGAGCGGCAGGACCCCCGCUGAGGCGCUCGAUGAGUUCUACGAGCUGGAGCGAGCCGCAGCCUUCGUCACAGCGAGCGGGUUUCACCGGGUUGCCCUGCAGUUCCCCGACGAGCUCCUGGCCGAUUCAGCCGCCGUCGCAGCUAAGAUGGAGGAGGCGACCGGCAGCAAAAUGUACAUCCUGGGGGACACAUCGUACGGCAGCUGCUGCGUGGACGAGGUGGCUGCGGAGCACGUGGGGGCGGAGGCCGUGGUGCACUAUGGCCCCGCGUGUCUCAGCCCCUGCAGGAAGUUGCCGGUGCUGCACGUGUUUGGCCGGCAGCCCCUGGACACGGAGCGCUGUGCGGGGGCCUUCCGGGAGCUCUACCCUGACCCCCAGAGCCACGUGGUGGUGCUGAGUGACGUGGUCUACGCCCACGCACUAGGUGAGCUGGAGCGGCUGCUGGGCCCCGAGUACCCCCACGUCGUCUUCUCCCGCCUGGCGAGUGACGGGGCACCCGACUGCCCCCAGGGCCCGGGGCUGGUGCGGCAGUUCGGGCGCUGCUUUGCCGUGGCGGCGCGGCGCGAGCUGCAGGACCACGCCGUGUUCUACGUGGGCGCCGAGGGCCUGGCCCUCACCAACUUCAUGCUGAGCUGGAACCGCUGCCCCUUCAGCUCCUUCGACCCGGCCACGGGCUGCGGGCGGCACGAGAGCCUCGAUGCCAACCGGGCGCUGCUGCGGCGCCUCUACCUGGUGGAGCGGGCCCGGGACGCCCGCGUGGUGGGCAUCCUGGUGGGCACGCUGGGCGUGGCCGGCUACCUCUCCAUCCUGGAGCACUUGCGGGGCACCCUGCGCCGGGCUGGCAAGCGCAGCUACACCCUGGCCAUGGGCAAGCUGAGCCCUGCCAAGCUGGCCAACUUCCUGGAGGUGGACGUGUUCGUGCUGGUGGCCUGUCCCCAGAACUCCCUGCUGGACUCCAGGGACUUCUACCGGCCCGUGGUGACGCCCUACGAGCUGGAGCUGGCCUGUAACCCGGCCCGGGAGUGGAGCAGCCUCUACGUCACUGACUUCAGAGACCUGCUGCCAGGUGGCUGUGCACAUGUCGGCUUCCCAGACACGGUCCCCGGGGACAGCGACGUUCCCGACGUCUCGCUGAUCACUGGGGAGCUGCGCGCGACUGGGCUUUCCAGCUCCGCGGCCCCGUCCUCCAGCUCUGCCCUGGCCUGCAGGACCCCGGAGUUCGCGCUGGCUGAGAUCAGCCCGGCAGCUUCCUUCCUGGAAUCGCGCAGUUGGCGGGGCUUGGAGCAGCAGCUGGGCCAGACGCCCGUGACAAAGGCUGUGCCGGGCCGGAGGGGGAUUGCGAUCGCCUACGAGGACGAGAUUUCUGGGUGACCCUGACCCUGCAGGAUGCCACUGUUGGGAGACGGGCCCUGUGGGGCUCCAGCCUCCUGCUGUGGGUUGCCCUGGGCCCGGGCUGGGCCCAUGUGCAGCUCAGUCCUGGGGCCGAUGCCAACAGCUGCCCUCUCCUGCUGGGGCCUGGUAGCGGAGCCGGAUGCGGGAGUGCAGGAUUCUGGGGGCUGCCGGCACGGCUCUGGAUACAGCUGUGUAUUAGUGAACCCCAUGGCGUUCGGGGGGCGACUCCGCGGGGUGGGUGGACACACGGAUACACCCACCCCCCGCGGCCCACUCUGCCGUGACCUCACAUGGACAGGGGCCACAGGGGAGCGACCUCCCCUCCUUGCUACCCCAGCUGGCUGCUCCCAGGAGCAAGGCCUGGGCUGGGCAGGGCAUGGCCUCCGCCCUGAGCCUGUGUCCCCCCCACUCCUGCCCAGCGCCGGAGGGCGUCCCCCCGGCUCCCCUUGCAGCGCGCGCCCAGCACUAGCCUGAAGAGAGCGAGGCAAAGGCAGCCGGGUCUGAGGGCAGGAGGUGGUGCCCAGGCAGGCCUGGCCCAGCGCCAGGGAGCUCAGCCGAGCUGCCCUGCGCUGCCAGUGGCUCCAUGGGACGUGCCGCGGGGGGAGCGGGGGUGGGGGGUUUGUGUGUUUCCCCUCCCCUGUGCUCUGUCUGAGGGAGCCCGGGCCCAGCUGUGGAGCGUCCCAGGGCAGGGGCUGCUGCUGCCACGUUUGCAGCCCCCCUUUCCCCCCGUGGGUUUGCUGGCUGCUCAUGGGCAGGGGGUGCUGGGUUGCAGCCCUAGCAGAGUCUGCCCAUGGGCAGAGGGGCACCUUGCUACGUGCCCCAGCUCCGCCCCUUCCCAGGCCAAGGGUGGGCACCAUGUCCCCUACUCUCCGCCUCUGGCAGGGCAUCCCACAAGGGGCAUGGGCCAGGCCCAGGUGCUCCAGGCACAUGCUCAUGGGCACCUCUCCUGGCAGCCCCCGGCCCUGGCUGUGCCCACGGCUCUGGGCUCCUCCCGCCUGCAGGCUAAAGGCAAAGCCAGGCCAGUGCUGAGGGGCAGGGGGAGCAGAGCUGAUGCCGGCCCACAAACCCACGGCCGCCGUUUGCUCCCGGGGCGGCCUUAGCCCCGGGUUUAGCAGCACCCGCCAGACCAGCCAAGAGAGGGUGAGGCCUUGCUAGCAUCAGGCACGUUGCUGGGCCUCGUGUGGGGGAACAGGCCUGGCGAGGGGCGUGACCUGCCUAGGGUCACAGGACGUCUGGCAGAGCCGGUAACAGCCUGUGUCUCCCCAGCGUCUGGCACUGGGCCCCGGCUGCACCUAUCACGCUCCCACCCAGCACAGCACCACCCCUCGCUCAGCUGCCCGUCCUCCUCCAACCGGCCCGACAGCCCCUCCGGCUCAGCACAAGCUCUGUCAGCCCUGCCCCCAGCCCACUGUAGCACAGCCUUACCACAGCACCCCCUGCUG